GGAAAUAGUAAUCAGAUACAUGGUAGUCUUGAAGCCAAUAUCGCAAAGUAUAGUAGCUCGCAAAGGAAAUGAAUAUAUGCCAACGAUUCAAGAUUUACACGAAGGAACGCAAUUCUCUCCGCACGAACUAAACCUUGGGCACUUGGCCAGAGAACCCGCUAGUCAAGUAAUAAUCGAAGAGGACAUGGAACCAAUAUAUGCAGAAUAUCUUAGAAGCAUGUUUGAUAAAAUCAACAUUGUGCAGCAAACGGCAAGAGAAAACUUGAUGACGUUUCAAAGUAGGAGAUCUAAUAUAUCUAAUAAAGGAACUGUUACAUCGCGCGGGACAUCUGCACGCCAGUCAUCGCUACCUGGCAGCCAACAGCCAACCUACAGCCAUCCCGAUUCUCAAUAGACCCAA